GAGAAUCUAACAUCAAAUCUGCGAUUACUAUAAUCAAUCUGUUCAGCAAACGGGGAGAUAGAUUACAGCCAAGUCGGAAACUCUAAGUCAAAGCACUAAAUGCUGACCCGCGGGCCGAUUACCCCUCACCAUUUGUAAGCAUCGUUGCGUCACAGUCAGAGCAGCAGACACAACCACUUCAAUCUUAUCUCAACUAAACAAUCCAACCAACAUCAUGGCCCAAACCACCCCAGCAGUCUACCACUACCUCGACAUCGGCCGCCUAGGCCGCGGGGAAGUCGUCAAACUCUUCCUCAAAGACGCCGGCAUCGACUUCACCGAAGUCCGCUAUCCCUUCGAUGAUACCUGGCCGCAGACCAGCCAAAAGCUGCAAGAGGAAGGAAUCACUCGAACCGGCCAAGUCCCGGCCCUCGAGUAUCAGGGACAUAUCCUGACGCAGCAUAUCCCAAUCCUCCGCUACCUGGCGCGCGAUCUCGGUCGCUACGAUGGCGAAACCAACUGGGAGAGAUAUCUCGUGGAUGCGGUGGCGGAUAUUUACAUUGAUUGGCGGGCUGAAUGGGUCUGCAACCUGAUGAAAAAAUCUGACAAGUAUAAGAAUGAACUGGCGCCAAAGUACUUCAACCUGAUUGAAAAAUACUACUCCGACAGUGAAGGUCCUUAUCUUCUUGGGGAUAAGAUCACGUAUGUCGAUUUUGCGGUGUAUCAGAUUAUUGAUAAUGAUCGGAGGACGGGGACGGCGGUGGAAACUCUUCCGGGGUCUUUGGUGAGGUUGCAGGAGGCGGUGGAGAAGAGGGACAAUAUUGCGGCGUAUAUUGAGGAGAAUAAGUAGGGUUUGAUGGGGUUGCGGUGGUUCUAGCAUGUGGAGGAUAAGUUUAUUUAGUGUGAGUAAAUUGAUACGAGCACAUUAUCUUAAGAAAAAAUGAGAGAAGAGAAGCAUAUGACUGGGUCAACAGACUGACC